UAAGGCUCGCACGCGGCUUGAGCUGAACGAGCGCCCUGGAUCGAGAACUUGACCACGUGUGUUGUGUCUAUGACUUUAGACAUUACACGUCUGUGCUGUUAGAUAUAAAGUGAUUAUUUCUAGUGAAGUGAGUGAAGUUCUUUGGUUGUUCUUAUGUUAUUUUGACAACGCUGUGGCCAAAAUGUGAAAAGGAAUAAAAUGGAAAUGGGAAUUACUAAGAAUUGGAACGAUGCUACGAUAAACUAGAAGCUGUGGUAUUUGUAAUACGAGCGGUCAAUGAUGAGUGUUGAGAAGUUAUUGUGUUAUUUGUACGCCGGGUCGUGAGCCUUGGGCAAAUGAAAAGACGACGCGUGGGCCGCGGUGCGCGUGCGCGGUAAUGCCCGUGCGCAACAUGCGUCAUUGCGCGGCCUUGCUUCUCGCUCUUCUGUGCGCAGUUUCGGCACAAAUUGCAUGGACACCUAUAUUUUUGGAUGGCAGCAGCCAAGUCGACCUCUGGACCCAAUCAUCUUCUGGAUGUGCGUGUCCUGGAGAUGGUGGAGAUGACUGCGCCUGCUGUGUUCGUGAUGGAGCGUGUCCUUGUGGAGAAGUAGCACCUACUCGGUGUGCCCAGUGUGGCCUGGAACAAUACUGCUCCAACAUGUGCAACAUUACCAUUGAUUCCCGGAUUCUCAGAAGCAAAUCCGGGAAGACUUUCGGACAAAUCAAGUCUCCUUCAAUCGAAGGUCCUGGAUACUGCUCUUACCUACUGCAGCCUGAUGCGGGACAACGAGUUGAGAUCCAAAUAUACAGACUACUUUCUGUUGGAAGAUUUAAUGGUUCAAGUUGUGUUGGCGGCUGGCUUCAACUUGGUGGUGCUAGUGCUGUACAGGAUGCUAGUGGUGCAGCGGAAACCAGACUAUGUGGAGCCAAUGAGAGGUACACUCCUCCAGUGGUUCUCUUUGCUGAUCAUGGAGCCUCAAUACUGGACUUUAGGAUAAAAGAAAAAACUGUGAGAUCACAGUUCUUAGCCUUCUUCAGUUUUACCUCCUUGAGUAACACACAAGGAGUUGGGUUUCAUCCACGAGGCGGUUCUAGAAUACCACAUACAGAUUGCGACUGGUUGUACCAAGAUGUGUCGUGUAGAUCGGCUCCUUGUGUGUUGGCCAGUCCUGGCUAUCCGGGCCUGUAUCCACCACAUCGCCGCUGUCGAUACCUGCUCGCUACUAACUCAGUACAUACGAGGGUCAAGAUAAUAUUUACAUCUAUCAUUCUACCACGAAAUCACUGCUCAUCGGAUUAUCUAACUCUUCGGGCCGGCAGUUCACCUUCCGCACCGCUGUUAGCUUCUAUCUGCUCUGAACGAAGCGCCACGCUAGAACAACCAGGACCAAAUUUGCUGUUAGAAUUUAAUUCCGGUCCCCUAGUUCCACCUUACGAUUACAAUGGGUUCAUCGCAAGGUUGGAGUUCCUAGAGAAGAUAGAAACAAGUGGACCACCGCCAACAGUGCUUGCAGCUUCGGAACCCUUAGCUGCACUUACCCAUCAUACACAUCAUGGGGACAAGUUAGCGAUAGAAAACGAUGUUAUAUCAAACGAGAUAUCAAUUAACGGUCGAGUGGGGUGUGGUGCGACUGUGAGAGGGUAUGGUGCGGGUGGAGCGAGAUCCGGACAUUUUGAUACUAGAUCUUCUGCCUGGAGAACUCAGUGUGCGAUACAUUUGCUUGGCACACCCGCAGAUGUUGUUCAAGUUUCGCUGUUUAACUAUAAUCUAAGGUUGCAAAGCUGUCGGUCUCAUAUUGAGAUAUUGGAAGGGCUUCAUGACUUUGGGAAUCGUGGCGACCGAUCCGAGAGAUACGAGAGAGGGGACAGAGCACUUUUACGGGUUUGUGGACCCUCUGUGAGAGAGGCUCGCGAUCCCUCUGGAAGAUUCCUUGUCCGCCAAGCUGUCACUUCGAAAGGUGCUAAUUUAACGAUCUUGAUUCGAAGAGCAGCGUCGCAAAGUGCUGAUGAAGAAGAAUUCGUUGACGGAGCAUUUGCAUUUCACGAUGAACAACAUGAAGGCACGGUAUCUCCAGACGCCACAUGUGCCUCAACGCACUACGGGCUUGCAGCCCCGCCCCAUGGCGGGGUGUCAGCUCCAGCCCACCAUCACGUGUUCUGGAACAUAGAGGAGAGGCUCCUGUGUACGCAUCGGUUUAUACCCGCUGCCAAUCAGAGCGUCACUAUAGAGAUCCAAAGGCUGGAAAGAAUGUGGAGUGCUGAGCCAACCAGCUUGGUAGUACCUGGUGCUUCAGGAUGCCGAACUGCUUGCGGUGAUGCCGGCUGCGAGUGCCGCUCAGCCACGCCGCUUCACUAUCAUGACCACAUCGCUCUAGUGGCCGGCGAUGGAACACACCUCUCCUGCUUAUGUGGAGACUUUCAAUCUGCCUGGCUGCCUGUAGUUGUUCGUAGUUGGACUAGUCUGAGGUUAGAGUACUCUGUAGCCCACUACACGUACGCGAGUCGAGGGUUCGACUACGCGGCUGCAUACAGCUUUAAUGACGACGCUAUGUGUGGCCAGAGGACGUACACAGUACAUUCUGGUGAAAUAUCUUCAAGAAAUGUUUCUGUCACGGGCAGCUUGAAUGAAUUCUUCUAUCAGCAAUGCACAUGGGUCCUAGAUUCGAACGUCGAGCGACAAGUUUUCAUUGACAUUUCUUCCGAACAGGAUAAAUCAUGCAGUUCGUGGAAUAUAACGAUACAUGAAUGGUCUGGAAGAGGCGUCCACACUGACGGUGGAUUAGCAGCAACGGCUGGAGAUCUACUCUACACGUUCUGCGCAAGAAACAAGAACCAAACAUAUACGCUCCCAUGGCGAUUAAAUACAGUUGUUAUAAGAUUAGUGGCCUUGUCCCGUCAGCAACCGCUGUACACAAUUCGAUGGCGGUCACAAGUUGUGCGAGCUAACACCAGGCUGGGACCUCCAACGCCUGCCCCUGCUGCUUCAGCGAUGGCUGGUCAGAUCACCGUAAACAUUCUAACAGUACUAAUUGUGUUGUUAAUUCUAUGUGAAAACAUUUAAUAGUUUAAUAAUGAGUGAGACAAUCGUAGGUGUAAAUAAGUUUUUGUACCAGGCUUAUAUCGUUACUCAAGAGGUGGAAGAACUGAAGUGUUCGGAAUACUGGUAUGUCAUGACAAUACUUGUCGAUGAUUUGUAAAGAGCAAAACAAGUGAAUUGGUAUUGAACAAUAUCCCGGUGUGUUAUGAGAGUGUUGAAACACAUACUUAUCGUGUAUCAAAUCGUAAUUCAUCACAUUUUAACAAUGUUUUGAUAAAUACUGUUUUGUAUUGCUACUUUAAAUAUGUAGAUAAUUAUUUUCUGCUUUUGUAUCGAUGUUAUUGUACACUUUGGUGUAGACCGUGGUGUUCUUGAGCGGUGACGUUAAAUGUAACGUUAAUUUGAAAAAGAAUAAUAUACAAAUUAACUGUUAAUUGCUGAGAUUUCCCUCACUCAUAACUAUUAAAUUUACGUUGUUAAUAAUUAUUUAAGUUGUCAACUGUAAUGUAGAAGCUGUAGAUAGUACCGCAACCUGAGAGUUGAACCAAAAUACCAAGAUUUGACUAAUAAAAUGGGGCGUCUCCCGAUCACACGCAUCGCAUUUAUUCACAACUCAAGAACCUUGCUGGGGUCUACACCUAAAAUAUAUUCUGUUCUGAUUUUUAGAUUUUCUUUCUAUAUACUUAUUAUUAUCGUUCACGUUAGAUCCUUGUUGGAUCAUCGAUGCAUAUUCGAUGUUUUAGGUUGAGAUUGUGAUGGUCGAGCGACCUUACGAAAUUUCUAACAAGGAUAUUUCAUAGCUUUCCAAAAAUAGGCAUAGUCAAAUGAUUUCAUUAUUUUACUCUCGUAAUAAUUAUUGUUCUACGAUAAGGUAUCGUAACUCAAAGAUGUGAGGCGAUGUCUGGAUAAAUACUGUAGAAUAAUUAUUCGAUUUAAAUAUUUUGCACAAAGACAUUUUCCCACUGAGUUUCAUUCGAAUUAUUUUAAUAAAAAUUCACAUAACUUUUGCUUGUACAGUCAAACUUUACAUUAAAUUUUCAUAUAGUGUAAAUGAAAGUGAAAUAGAAAAUAAAAGACAUUAAAUUAAAUACUUAAGUAUAUAUUAUUUACAUUUAAUUCAAAUGAAACAAAAAUCGUUAACCUCAGUUAUUUACCUCAAAUAUUACCGAUUCAAGAAUGUACUAAUUAGUGUGUUCGAUGUAAUUCUUGUAGAUAUAUUAGAAAAAUGUCAAUUAUUAUGAUUGAGGUGUAUUUACAAACAAUACUUAACUCGAUAGCACACUAACGGCUGUUAUAAUAAGAAAAGAAAAAUUGUAUACUAUACUCUUGGUCGCUCUUAUCAACAUAAUAUUAUAUCUUUCGUGAAUAUAUCCUGGAUUUGCAUUUCGAUACCUUAACUUUCAAGUAUAUAGACUAUGGGAUGUCAUAGAUAGAUUGUAACGGUUAUUGAAAUGCCAAAGUAACGUAAUGGAUUGACAAUUUGAUAAAUGAAAUCGACCUUUUUUUUGCGCCCAAACAAAGGGAAAGGGCUACCCUCCGGGAUAACGACGGGAGGGAGGUGGUGAAUGCUCAUGCAUACCGACGCAGCCUAAGUCUGUGUUGGUUAUGUGGGACUCGCGUGAAAACCUAGGUGCCUACCCACUAAGCACCACCUGCAGUUGGCUUUGGGCAGGUGCCCUCUAAGCCUUCAUCGAAGGCGACCUUCUCUUGGGGAGAGAGAGGCGCAAGCGGCACUCCCUGUGGAGUAUCCGCUGAGAUAAAUGUGAAAUCGACCGUGUAGCGACAUCACUACAGAGUGCCAAGUGUAUGAUUUUUUAGCUAUUCGAUCACGUCGAAAGAGCGCCAUCUAGUGACAGCAGAGGAAAAUAUCAUAGCGCUCGCAUGGAAAGAACAUAGAAAAGCGAUGAGCGGUCAAUACUCAAUAAUAUGAUGGCGCAAAUGGCAACAAAGCUGUGACGUUAUUUUAUUUCAUUAUCACUCGUCCAAUAUAGCUCUUUAUCAGAUUGAUCCACAGCGAUUAUUUGUUGUAAUUUUGUAAUACAGUGGGAUAAUGAGGAUGAUCUUCAUAACCUUGAAGUUGAAGACAAAGAUUUAAAUUUAUCAACCUGCUAGUCGAAAUGUACAAGACCCUUCUGUCGCACAUAUAAGCAUCUCAUAUGUGAAUCUUACCAGAUGCUGUUAGUCGCCUCGGAUAUAAAUAAUAACAUUUAAAGUAUUUGUUUGUAAAUACACUACUUGUAGUAUAGUAAUGCUCACAGUAAAUCAUUUUGAAAACUAUGAUUGUAUAUUUAAUAGAAUAACUAACUAACUGAAAUAUAAUAUUUGGCGUCAGCUGAUUAUUUUUUUCUCAAAAAAAAGACAUGGA